AUGCCGCCCCGUCUCCCUCGACGACACCUACUGUCCCUGGCACGCCCGUUCCGUCCAGCGACCCCCAUUACCUCUCGACUCCGACCCAUCUCCACGACCCGCCGCGUCCUGGCCGCGAACCAAGACCCCGACGGCCACCCGCAUCCGCAGCGCGACGCGCAGAUGGACCGCGAGAAGAUGAACCCCGAGGCGAACGAGUACUCCAAGUCCGGGACCGACGACGCCUCGGCAGCCAACGAGGAGGCCGCGUUCAACCCGGACAUCACGGACCCGCAGGAGGCCAAGAAGAAGGCCGGCGAGGGGAACCAGGUCAACCCGCUGGACGCGAGCCCGGCGAACCCGGACAUCAGCCAGGGAACGGCCGAGGAGGAAGGCGGCGCGAAGAAGAAGAUGUCCGAGGGUGGCGGAGGGAGAAAAGGUGGAGGCGAGGCGGGGAAGGGCGAGCAAAGUACUUGA